AUAUCAUCGUUCUUCUUGCAUUCGCGAAUAUAAUUAAAAAUAAAAAAAAAAAAUCUUCAUCAUGAAUAAUUUAAUAAUUGGUCUCGUAGCUACAUUUUGCAUCGUUCAGAUUAGCACAGUUCAUGCAGAGUCCAUGGAAGUUUUAAAAGCACGCCAUAACAAAGCAAAAGGAGAUGUCGGUAUAGUGAUCAAUGAUCUUAUGCGAUCGAAAAGAAAUCUCGACUUUGAUUUGAACAUGAAACUGUUCAACAAUAAGAUCGACUCGAUGCAAGCCAUAAAUAAUAUGACGAAUUCGGCAAUGAAAGAGAUUCGCGAUGCCGUGGAAACUGCCAAAAAGAAAGGCAAAAAUGCCAAUUAUUGUUUAGAAUCUGGUAGACUUGCGCUUAGAAAUAUCAGUUUGAAUUCGUUCGCAACAUUGAACGUAUGUUUAAAUAAUGCUAAACAAGGUAUUGUACCAGCCCAAAAUAACAUGGAUGCUAUCGUUGCUAUUGCCAGGAAACUUCUCAUAGCGCUGGACAAUAUAUUUCUUAACUGUUAUUCGAACAUCAUAUUCCAAAUGCAAAGCUGCAUCGCUAUUUCAUUAGGCAAUGCUAAUAGUGUCAUCAGAAAUCUCCAAAUCACUGCCGAUAAUGUGAAAAGUAGUGGCAAUGUAGCAUCCAUCAAUUCCAACGUCAAAGGAAACGCUUGCUUCUCCAACGUUGUUUCCUCAACCCGUCCGAAAGUUUUCGUUGCUUUGAAUAGCACGAAGUCUUGCAUAAAUAGCGCGUAAAAAACGAAAAAAAAAAAACAAGUAACUUUGUUAAUUAAGUUCCAAAUCGAAAUUGUCAAACGAUGCCAAAGUGUCGACAAAUGACAUUAAAGAAACAGAAAAUAAUAUAUAUAAUUUACAUAUAAUUUAGUUUUCAGAAAAUAUUUAGAUAUCAUAUAAUAUGCGAUAUUUAGUAUGUAAUAUUUUAUAUUAAAAAUACAAUGUUUACAUUUUAGAGAUAUAAUAGAAUAUUUCAUAUAUGUAUAUAUGUACAUAUGAUAAUGACAUCUAGCGGUCGCCAUCUAGCGGUCGAACGGCGAACUAGAAAGCCCGUCAUACACGAGGUUGCCUUUAUUUAGGCGCCUCAUAUCUAUAGAUCGUUCCAUUUGUAUAAAACGAUACAAAAAUAUAUUUUUCUUUUUCCCCUUCUUUCAUAUA